AUUACGGAGACCAAGUCGAUGAGCCAGGGACGGAAGGUCGUUCGGGUGGUGGCUAGGGUUAAGCCGUCGGCAGAUCCGGUUGUACAAACGUCGACGGGAUCAAUUUCGGUUCACAAGCCAAAAGGAGAUGAAUCCGAGAGUGUUUCGAUUUCGUUCGGAGCUCAAUUCGCUGGUUCAAAAGACUCGUAUAAGUUGGAUUACUGCUACGAAGAAAAUGAAACCACAAGUUUAAUUCUCACAAAGGAAAUCAAACCUCUUAUCUCUACUGUCUUUGAGGGUAAAGAUGCUAAUGUAAUUGCCCACGGAGCAAGAUGUAGCGGAAAGUCACAUCUAAUCCAGGGAUCUGAGAGGGAACCUGGUAUUGCCUUCCUUGCAAUGUCUGAGAUGCUAUCCAUGGCUGAGGAAAGGGGAGACUCAGUUUCGGUAUCAAUCUACGAGGUCUCUCAAGAAACCGUGUAUGACAUCUUACACCAAGAAAAGCGAGUGGUUUCUGUACUAGAAGGCGCACAAGGGAAAAUUCAACUAAAGGGACUUUCCAAGGCAAGUCAUUUAGUACCUGUGAAGUCACUCUCAGAAUUUCAGGACUUGUAUUUUGGUCUCAAGAAAAACCAGAAGCUGACCAGUGAACCUCCCCCACUUAGAAGCCAUAAAGGUGUGAUGAUACAUGUUAGCACUGGCAACACCAGUCCAGGCUCGCUUGGGAGAAUGAACUUUCUUGAUAUGGCAGGAUAUGAGGACUCCAGGAAACAAAACAGUGAUAUAGCUCCUCUAGAGACUACCAGAAUAAAUAAGUCAAUAUAUGCUUUACAGAACGUCAUGUAUGCUCUCAACGCAAAUGAAUCUCAUGUGCCAUAUCGGGAGAGCAAACUCACUCGCAUGCUGAAAGAUUGUUUACAAGGAAGCAACAGAACAUUGUUGAUCACUUGUUUGGUUUAUGCUUCACUGAAUCCUCGGGAAUUUAGCCAAGACUCAUUUUACAUGCUAAACUUAGCAUCACGGAUCUGUCUAGGCAGUAAGCGAGCCAUAACUAAUGCUACUAAGAAGAGCAACGGUCUUGCAAGAUCUAUUUCAUCCUCCUCUGCCGCUCAAAGGAGACAGACACCGGUUGCUGUCUCUUCUACUUCUAAACAACAGACAGCGCCAAGGGAAAAUUUGACAGAGAGAAAGACUAAGCUCAAGACUCCGGCUUCUACAAUUAAAGGAAGGAAACUGUUCGGUGAAGCAAAUGACUCGGUGAAAUGUAAAAAUAACGUCAAGAAGGUUCAGAAGAUGGAAGGCAAAGCAAGGAUGGCAGUGAAAAAGGUGGAGCUCCUAAUUCCGGAUUGUAAUGCUCUUCGGUUUCCUUCCUCACCUCGAAUGACACUUGUUUUUAUGAUGAUGCAGGAAAUCUCCACUUCGAAGGUUGUCUUGAACGUUCAGGCCUCCUCAUCUCAAGAAGAAGUCUGCUCGUCGAUUAUUGUUACAGAUUGCCAAUCUUCUUUGGUAGAGGAGGAAGAUUCUGCUCUGGACUUCUCAAGUUCUGCAGUAGUCAAUAGUAUCGACAUUUCUUCCACUAAUCUUCAGGGGACACCCCAGAAACAUGAGGAAAGGUUUUCAGGAGCCCCUUAUUGUGAUAAUGGUACUGCAGCCCAAAUACUAGAGAAAGAUGAUAACAAUUCAGUGAUUGUAGAAGAUCUGACUCUGGUUGAUGCAGGUGAAAACUUGGACAAAGAAAACAACCGUUUGCUAGUAAAUGAAACUGCAUCACCACCGCUAAGCAUGCGGCUUAAAGAAUUGUACAAUACUUUGACGUCUAUAAGCAAUACUCCAAAACCACCGACACCUGAGAAGUAUCAAACCGCCCUAUCUAAAUCACAUGUGGAAGAAGUAUCAGAGCAUAGCGACAUUACUGCUGAAGCUUUUCUCAGUGUAGAGCUAAGAACACCAGAGAAAAGUAUGCCUUCAAACAUUGCUUCUAGUCCAUGGAAGACAUUCAGUGCACAUAGCUCUAAGUUGAAGAAUUCUGCUGUUGGAGAGUACCUCAAGUUCUUAAACACAGCAGAUAAGGAGGAUCUAAAGAAGCUAAAGGGUAUUGGAGAAAAGAGAGCAACUUACAUAGUUGAGCUCCGCGAAGAAUCUCCUGAACCAUUCAAGAAGCUUGAUGACUUGAAAGACAUUGGACUCUCAGAAAAACAGAUUAAGGGAUUGCUGAGGAAAGAGAUUGGGGAUAUCUUUGACUAG